UAGUCAAUUUAAUUAACUACACGUGUUGUUCGACACCCAACAUACGUUACAAGACAAGAAACUGUGUUUCAAGCUAGCUAUUCAAGUGAAAGAGAAGCACAAGACUAGCCUCUCUGUGAAGUACCUUCAGGUCCACUGAACCGAUAAACGACCCUAACUAUCCAGGCUGCGCUGUGGAUCACCCACCUACUAUUUAUCAUCCAACAAGUCUGACAAAGAGAUCAUCCUCCCAAGUAUACCUCACAGCACACAGCUGGCCGGCCGUGAAGUGAACGCCCAUAUAUAUAUAUAUAUACUUGUAUCUGAUAUCAAGACUAUCUCGUUAUUCCCUCAACUUUAUUUAAUAAAUACGAUCGGUCCAACAAUGGCGUCAAAAGUUGACAUGUCUCUGGACGAUAUCGUAACACUGAACAAGAAAAAAGGAGGCAAUAAAGGAGGCGGCGGUGGUGCUAAACCAUCUCUAGGAAAACCAAAGUUCACAAGUGGAAAACCUCAAGCUCAGAGUGGCCUACAAACGAAAAGUGCCGACCUCAGAAAAAUAAUAUCAAACAAGCAGAAGUCUUCUAUUACAGACCUCCGCACAAAGAUUAAACCAAAGGCCCUCUAUACAAGCAAGUUUGUUGAAAAGCACACCUCAAAAUCGAACCCCUCUACUCCGAAAGGCAUUCAAGGACGCAUUGGUAAAGCUCGUCCUAAAUACAGCAGUGACGAUGUGCCUGAGACCACCCGUUCUCGACGAAGUGACCCUGGUCCACUGUUGUCAAGGAGUUCAUUCAAGCUGCCCUCGUAUGAAGAUGCCAAGAAGAUCACGGUGACUGUCCCUGGAUCUGUGCGACCCACCACAAGUGUUGAGUACCAUCGCGAGGAACGUCUAGCAGCUGCCAUUGCUCGCAGCCGAGAUAGUCGUCAUGAUAACCAGAUGAGAGGCCGGGAGGAGUUCCUUGCCUCGUCCAUAACCUCUGCUCUGAGGGACGGUGGUGGCAAUGAGAGAGAGAGGGGCAGCAUUGGAGGGACCUUCUCAAGAAUGCAGAUGCGUGGGUUCAGUCGCUCCCCGUCCCCCCCUCCAAUGGCCUACCAGGCCCCCCUCCCCCUAUCCAUGUCUCGUGGGUCCGUCCCUGCCACCUCUCGUCCAUCAAUGGCCCCCAGAGCUAGAGAAGGCAUCACCACAAUGACCUCUAUGAUCAUUCAGAACCUGAGCGACACUGUUUCCAAGAAUGAUGUUGCCGAGCUGUGUCGUGCCAUGGGUCCAGUGGAGGCGGUUCAGAUGGUGAACCCUGGCAUUGCCGAGGUAGUGUUCAAAUUCAAGGACGAUGCUCUAGAGGCAUACAAGAAGUACAACCAGCGUAACCUUGACGGUCAGCCUAUGAUGUGUCGACUACAACCCGCCUCACGAUCCAAGCUCACCACCGGUGGCUUCACUGCACACAGGUCCCUGUCAACAGCCUACGCUGACGACCUCUACUCUCAACCAUCAUCAGGAUUCUACUGAACUCUGACCACCAGCUUUGACUGAACUGUAGUAGUAUAAUUAUGUGGUGUGCCUAUGUUUAUCCUCUUCAAUAUGAUCUUUGUGCAAAAAUGUUGAUGAUUAUUUCCUGAUAUUC